AUCAGAGCUCCAGUUUUAAUCUUUCUUGAUAUUCUUGCAGGGGAUCCCCAACAUGUGUCUGUCAGCCCUAUAAAUGAAUCUUCCAGCAGCACUAUGAAACCAUCAACAACUCCAUUUUCUUCAGUCUCAAAGAACGUGACAAACACCACCUUGAAACCCAUAGCAACAUCUAAAAUGACAACACCAGGGGUCUCAACAAAAAUGACUUCCACCACCUUAAAGUCUACACCCAAAAUAACAAGUGUUUCACAAAGCACAUCCCGGAUGUCAACAUCCACGAUGACCACAACCCACAAUAGUUCCACCGUGACUACAACCUACAAUAAUAGUUCAGUGACAUCUGUUUCUUCAUCAGUAACAGUCACAGCCACUAUUAAUUCUAAAGAAAAUAAAGGAUCAAAAUUUGAUACUGGCAGCUUUGUUGGUGGUAUUGUAUUAACACUGGGACUUUUAUCUAUUCUUUACAUUGGAGGCAAAAUAUAUUAUUCAAGAAGAGGCAUUCGGUAUACAACCAUUGAUGAACAUGAUGCCAUCAUUUAAGGAAAUCCCAGGACCAAUGGAAAGAAGAAAGAUUGAUGCAGCCCUAUCAAUUAAUUUUGGUUUAUUAUUAGUUAAAACAAUAUUCUCUUCUUGAAAAUAAAGAGGCUAUGCAUAUAAUUUACAAUGUAUUAUAUAAAUAUGUAAAGAUUCCUCGUUGAUCACUAAAGGUAAAAGGGUUUGGUUUGGGUUUUUUGAUGAACACUUAAAGCAUACAGUUAGUGCAAUGGUUAAAUUCAAUUUUCAAAAAUACAUAGUAAGACAAACAAGUCCUGUCCCAUUUUUUUUGUGGCAUUGGUCACAUGGGGCCAGUAAUUGGAAGACAUCAUCACUGAAGGGCACGAUGCCAUCUGGGCAUACAAAUAAGGAGCUUGUCACACACUUAGGAUUUUGACUGUCUUUUUGCUCACACAAAGAACUUCAGUGCUAUUCAGAGCUGGAUAUAUCCUAAUUACUAAUGCCACACAGCAGAAAUUAUACAAGUAAACCAGGUUUUCAGCAUAAUUUUAGUUUGUGUCUCUUCAGAAAUCAUCAAUAAUUUAUACGUUUUAAAACUUAGUACUUGGUUUAAAAACAAAAUGCACGCCCCCCCCACCACCACCAAAAAAUCAAAUAAAACCAGAAACAAUACCUGGACUUAGCUCUGUUAGAGCCAUUAGAGAGCCUGUAUUUUUAUUAAUAACUUCUUUUGAGCUUUCAGUGGCAGUUGAUAUAAUUAUCUUUUUUUCACUGUGUAAUUUCAAGUAAUUGCAAUGUUUAACAUGAUACAAUGUUUUAAAGACUUAGUUGUUAGUAUUAAAUAAGAAGUUAGAAUAUUUGCUACUGUGAGAAUAUUGUCACCACUGGAAAUUAUUUCAUAUUCAGCUGUUAAUUUUAUAUUUAGUGAAUAUUUUUAAGAGAUGUAGAGCUGCUUUCAGUAUCUAGAAAUGUUUAGUGUAAACACACCUAACUUU